CAGAAAACCAGAAUCUCCUGGUUUGUUGACGAUCGCAGCAUCGACCAGCGGCAACUCGCCGCAAACACCUUCUACCCUUCCUUCCUCACAAUCUCCUUACAAAGAAGAAAACUCGACAAAAAUGCCAGGCCGUCAAGCCCACGGCCGCCCUUUGCUCCCCACCGCCACAGCAGCCGGUGGUGGUGGCGGUGGCCACAACAAGCCGAGCAAAUCGCACGUCAAGCACUUCAAGAAGUCCCGCGCGAAAGCCACCGCCAACGCCCUCGACGCAUUCGCGCGUGCCGCCGAGCAAGUUGGCGAUGACUCGCCCGUGCGGGGCGUGCGCAGGCGCGCGUUGGACGACGACGACGACGGCGGCGAGCAGCAUCCCGGGAAGAGGCAGCGCCGCGGGGAGGAUGAUGACGACGACGAAGACGGGGAUGAGGACCUUAACGGUGGGGAAAGAGGGAAGAAGAGGCCUAGGAGAGAACAAGAUGGCGAGGACGGGUUUGAUGGAUUCUCGGAUGAUGACGGUGCGGCAGGGAGUGAUAGUGAGGAGUGGCAUGUAGGUGUUGGAGGCGAGGAUGAGGAUUCCGAGCUGGAUUCGGAUGAGGCGUUUGGUGAGAGUGAUGAGGAGCGGUUCGAGGGGUUUGGCUUUGCGGGGAGUGGUUCGAAGGGAGGGAGGAAAAAAGGGAAGAGGAAGGCUGGGGGCGAGGCAGAGGACAGUGAAGAGCAGGAGGAGGAGGAGGAAGAUGAUCUUGAGUCGCUUGGUUCGGAUGCGAUUGACCUUGCGACGGCGCUAGAUCAGUUCUCUGAGGAAGACGACGAUGAAGAGCAAGAAGAGUCUGGAUCUGAAGAAGAGGACGACGAGUCUACUGAUGCGGACGACGAGAGCGAAGAGGAUGAGGACGACGAGUCAAAACUGGACGCGCUGCAGAGUAUGAUCGCUGGGUUUGCUGGCGAGGAUGAGGAGGAAGGCGAGCAGCAGACCGGGUCACAAGGCAAGCCCAAGCUCAGUCUCAAAGAUCUUGGGUUGGCAGGUGUCAAGGACCCGCACAUCAAGCGGGCCCUUAGGCUCAUGAACAAGGAAGAGAAGGCCGUGAAGCCCGGAUCUUCCAAGAAGCUUGAUGUUCCCCUUGCCAAGCGCCAGCAGGAUCGCCUCCUCCGCAGCGCCGCCUACGAGAAGACCAACGAGACGCUCGGCAGAUGGGUUGAGACCGUCAAGCACAACCGGCGGGCAGAUCAUCUGGUCUUUCCGCUCGCCCAGAAUGCCCACGAUCGUGGCCUUGACGGCGCAGAGCUAAUGCCGAUCAACCAGAAGACGUCUGGGACGGAGCUGGAGCAGACCAUCCUGGCUAUCAUGGAGGAGAGUGGACUUGGGCCGAGCGCGAAGGCCGAGAAGAAGGAGGAAGGAGACGGCAGCGGGCAGAACGGAUUGACGCAGGCGGAAUUGAAAGAGAUAGCACGACAGCGGCGGCGCGAGCGGGAAUUGCAUUCACGUGAGAUGGCCAGGGCAAAGCGCAUCAAGAAGAUCAAGAGCAAGACGUACCGUCGCAUCCAUCGCAAGGAGCUCGCUCGGGAGCAGGAGGCAGAACAUGAGGCGGCCCUCGCAAAUGGCGAGCUGGACUCGGAGGACGAGCGAGAGCUUCUUGACCGGAGACGGGCGCUGGAGCGCGUGGGCACGCGCCACCGGGAGAGCAAAUGGGCGAAGCUCGGCAAGAAGGCUGGGCGCGCAGUUUGGGAUGAGAAUUUCCGCGCUGGUCUGACCGAGAUGGCUCAGAGGAAGGAAGAGCUGCGCCGUCGCAUUGAGGGUCGGACCGGUGGAUCGGAUGACGACGACGAUGACGUUUCUGAUGUUUCAGACGCUUCUGAAGAGGGAGACAACCGGCAUCGUCUCUUGGCAGAACUUGAUCGAGCAGCUGCCUAUGACGAGGACGAAGCGCCCCAAUCCAAACUCAUGCAGAUGAAGUUUAUGCAACGAGGGGAAGAGCUACGCAAGAAAGAAAACGAUGAGGCUAUAGCUGAGCUGCGUCGCCAGCUAGACUCGGAUAAUGAAGUGGCGUCCGAUGAGGAAAUGGAGAUUGGUCGCCGGCAGUACGGCAUGGGUAACUCGGCAGCCACUGCCAAUGCCAGCGCAACUGCCGCCAAAAGAGCCAAUGCCGCCGAUGCUCGCGGGCCUGCCAACUCAACAAGUACCUUCGGCCGCCCACAACCAACAUCGCAAUCUCAGCCCGCCAGGCAGGUCGAACCGCAAUCAUCAACCUCCGGCGCCGGUGGUGCUUGGACUGCAGGACCGCCACCGGCGCCGGCACCGGCCGCGGCUGGUGUCUGGUCUCAGGUCGAGCCGUCUGGCCGCAAAAGCAAAAAGGCGAGCAAGACGAGGGCCGAGGAAGUGGACAUCUCUGGCGCCGUGACGCUGAGCAUCAAGUCAUCCAAGCCCAAACCCACGUCUGACGGCACACCAACCGUCCAUGCAGAUGGAGGGCAAGACUCGGAUGAUGACGCUGACCUGCAUCUUCCCAUGGCAAUCCGCGAUCAGAAGCUGAUUGAGCGGGCCUUUGCCGGCGAGGACGUCCAUGGCCAGUUUGAAGAGGAGAAGGCCGAGAUCGAGCGCGACGAUGACGAAAAGGAGAUCGACAACACUCUACCCGGCUGGGGCAGCUGGGUGGGUGAAGGCGUGAGCAAUCGCGAGAAGAGACGUCACCAGGGCCGCUUCAUCACCAAGGUCGAGGGUGUGAAGAAGAGGGACCGGAAGGACUUCAGGUUGAAGGACGUGAUCAUCAGCGAGAAGCGGAUCAAAAAGAACGACAAGUAUCUUGCUCCGGGGCUGCCUCAUCCCUUCGAAUCUCAACAGCAGUACGAGCGUUCGCUCCGGCUGCCUGUCGGCCCCGAGUGGGUGACCAAGGAGACGUUCCAAGACGCGACAAAGCCUCGUAUCAUUGUCAAGCAGGGCAUUAUUGCGCCUAUGUCGAAUCCCAUGUACUGAAAGUCAGGAGGGUAGUUGGUUCUCUCGGCCUGGCUUUUCUAAUCUGUUGUUCUGUAGAUUGGGAUAGACAAAAAAUGGGACCGGUAGGAAGGAUGCAUCAGGCAAUGCAUUCAGUGGCGUUACGGAAGGGCCAUCCUGUUACAUCCAGGUAUCGAGGCAAUGCCAAAAGAACGUUUGGUUGGAGCUGCGAUUUGAUCUCUUGCAAGGUC